UUUUGGUUGGAUAAAAAAAUCUGAAAAAAUUCUGGAAACGUUUUUUAUAAACGUUAUUAGCAAGACAUCAUUGAUUAAGAUCGAAUUGUUUUGCAUAUAAUCUUAGAAGAAAAGCGCGUUCGAAAAUUUUGAUAAAGCAAGUUAAAAAACUAAUGCCAAAUUGGCAAAUUAAAAAAUCUAAAUAUCGAAAUUAUAAAUAACAAAAUUAUUGCUUAAAAAUCAUCAGAGUCUAUAAUUAUAAUUUAUAUUGUUUUUCUACCAAUUAAUUGAUGGUAUUGUCAUCGAACAUAUCUUAUCGCGACCGUAAAAAUCAAUUAAAUACCGGUAAUAAGCUUAUAAUCUUAUUCUUCAUGUAUACUAGACUCUUAAAAUUUCAUUCUCAUAAAAUCCAAUGCGCUACUUCUAAAUGUAAGCCACGUAUAUGACUUUUACAGAAUAUACCUUAAGGCGUUUUUGACACUUCAGAAUUGUUAAUUGAUCAUAAAGUGAUGUUCUUCAUACUAUUAGAGCGUUUUGAUUAGUUAAAGAAAAAAAGAUUAAAAGAAAAAAAAAUUUCAUCACCACCUCCUCAAUCUACGUCGUAUAAAACAUUAUUAUUUAGUGAAGAAACGUAUUUCAUCUUCGUUAUAAGUAUUCUACUUAAAGCCUGUUGAUUUCACUUGCAAAAUUCGAAGUUCAAUUUAAAAUGAGGUGGCAUUUGAUCGCCGCGGUCGUAAUUAUAGCUGUUUUCUUCUCGGAAGAAAUUCUGGCUAAACCACCAAAAUACAGGCCGCAAAGUACUAAAGUGACAGUAGCAGUCUCCAAACCCAAAAACAAACCAGCGAAUCGUCGCCCUGUAAGUACUUCAGUGACGCCAUACAGACCUCAGAAAUCUCUCUUUAAAGACGUUUCAUCAUUAGUAGUAUCUCGCCCUGCCCCAGCCGCUGAAUCAUCAUUGUCUUCUCACUUUUUACGACUCAAAUUAUCACCUUCUCGCCCAUCAUCAUCAUCACAGUCAGAGAACCCUUUAAAACCAACCAUAUCCGGAGGAGCAAGAACUACGUCUGAAGAACGAUGGUCAAAUAUUCGGAAUAAGCCAGACAAAUAUCAACCUAAGCAGCCGAACGCUAUCAAACUUCCUAUUUCUAGCAGAGUUUCUGUUUCUGGUUCGAUUAUCCACAAGCGUCCUGGUCGUCCCGGCCUGAAACCAUCGCUCAAGGAGCUGUAUGCAUCUAUAAAAAAACAACAAUCUGAACAACCGGUUAGCAGAACGCCUUCGAGUACACCACGUCCAGUUCCUAAUCGGCCAAACAGUCCACCACCAACUAACGCUAACAAUCCGGUGGCUAACCGUCAACCAACUCCAGUUAACAAUCCAGAACCUGGUCCUGUUUUUCAACCACCAGCUCCAGAGACUCUAGUUCAAAUAGCAGCUGCACCAGCACCAGGAUCCAAAGCAGCGCUUGGAGCACAAAAGAAGCUAGAUAAAAAGGAGAGAGUCUUAAAGAGCAAAGGUAAUGCACAAGCUGCACUUCAGCAGGUCAAUGAUGAUGCGGGAACUUGCAAGGAUCCAACUGCUCCAGCUAGUGCAUGCUUUGACUUUUACAUUCUUUCGGUAUCUUGGGGUAUUACAAUGCAAGUCAGGCGACUUGGCAAUACUAAUAUGAUCAAUAAAGCUGAAUGGGGUGUUCAUGGACUUUGGCCCGCAAUGAAGAACUACGGCAAGCAUCCAAAGCAUUGCAAUUUGAAAAUACCCUAUGAUCCAAAACAGAUCUUACCUAUACAGGAUGAGUUAGAGAACAUAUGGUUCUCAGCUAACGGAAGUCCGAUGACUCACCAAGCCUUUUGGAGGCACGAGUGGGAAAAACAUGGCACUUGUGUUGCAAGGUCGCCUCAGAUUAAAAGUGUUAAAGAUUAUUUUGAAAAGGGCUUGGAACUUUUCGAUCAAGUCGAUGUUCAAGCUAAACUUAAUGCCGCAAAUUUUAGGACUAGAAGUGAGAUGACUAAUAAAGAUAUGCAUCAUGAAAUUUCAAGAAUUUUAGGGCACAGGGUUACUCUUAAAUCGAUUCAUUACCCGGUAAGAAAUUCUAUGAUCAUGAUUAUGAUAAUUUAUCAAGGUUCUCCUUAGUGAUACUGAAAUUUU